AUGCAGACUCAAGCGGCUUCUGGCCAGCAGAAAGUCCUCGAAGAAAUCGUUGUUACCGCACAACGGCGGGAUGAAAGCAUCCAGGAAGUACCUAUUUCUAUCACCAGUAUGUCUGGUGAUCGAUUGAACGCCAGAUUUGCAGGCGGUGAAGACAUUCUGGCUUUAUCCAGCGCCGCACCUGGCCUGUACAUCGAAACGUCAAAUGGCCGCCUGGCGCCACGUUUCUACCUUCGAGGUCUGGGUAACGCUGAUUUCACAGCGGCUGCAUCACAGCCUGUAUCACUCGUCUUUGACGACGUGCCCAUGGAAAAGUCGGCUCUGAAAGGAUUCCCGCUGUUUGAUAUGGCGGAUAUCGAGAUUAUUCGCGGCCCGCAAGGCACCCUGUUUGGACGCAACACCACUGCGGGUAUCGUCAAAGUGAAUACACGCCGUCCAACGGCUGAAACCGAAGGCUACAUUACAACUUCCGCAGGCAACUACGGCACCUUCAAUGUUGAAGGCGCGGUCGGCGGGACACUGAUUGAAGACGUCCUGACCAGUCGCGUUUCUUUCCUACGACAGAAACGCUCCGACUGGGUCGAUAACGGCUUCACCGGCGAAAGCGACGCACUGGGCGGAUUCAACAUCAGUGCAGCACGCAUUCAGUUCGAGUGGACCCCGCGCGACGAUCUGACCGUAUGGUUCAUGCACCAGCGUCAGGAUUCCGAGAGCACCACCAGCCUGUUCCGGGCAAACGUGCUCAGUCAGGGCAGCAACAGCCUGAAUCGCAAUUUCGAUCGCGACAAAGUGUUCUUCGAUGGCGGUGACGGCAACGAAGGCCGUAUCGAUUCCAGCGGUACAACCCUCAAAGUGGACUGGGACGUCAAUGAGGAUUACACGCUGACCUCAAUCACUUCAUUCCAGGACAUCAGAGACCGAUUCGGUCGCGGCGAUAUUGACGGUGGCUUUGGUUGUCUGUUCACCUGUAGCGGACCUGCUGGUCCAGCCAGCGACCCGUUCUCGCCAUUUGCCUCACCCUUUGUCGUAAACGUUGAUACUGGCGGCGAUAUCGAUCUUGAGCAGUACACUCAGGAAGUUCGCCUCGCGAGCAACUUCGAAGGGCCGAUGAACUAUCAGGUAGGUGUCUUCUACUUCAAAGAUGAUUUCUUCGGUACAGCGGCAAACCAAAGUGCUGGAGCUACCGAGUUUCAAACCGGAUCCACAGCAAACAUUGAGAACACAUCAAUCGCCUUCUUCGGACAGGGUAGCUACGACUUCACAGACAAGCUGACCAUUACGGCAGGUGUGCGCUACACCGAUGACGAAAAAGAAGCGAUCAACAUUCGUUUCGCAGGCGGCGUUCCGGAUGAAGUGCUGCCGAAGAUCGAUCUUGACGAUGACAACAUCAGCUGGGACCUGGCCUUUUCCUACGCUGUAACCGAAGCCGGUCAGGUGUACGGUCGCGUGGCAUCAGGUUUCAGAGCACCCACCAUUCAGGAUCGCCUGGAAGAUGACCCGGAAGUCACCACCGCCGAUUCAGAAACUAUUCUGUCCUACGAGUUAGGCUACAAAGCACAGUACGAGAAGCUGCGUUUCAAUAUCGCCGCGUUUGCCUAUGAGAUUGAUGACAUUCAGCUCACCGCCGUCGGCGGCGCCAGCAACUCAACCACGCUGUUAAACGGUGACGAAGGAACCGGCUACGGUGUUGAAUUCGAGUUUGAUUACAUCGUCAAUGACAACCUUGUCUUGUCAGCAGGCUACGGCUACAACAAAACAGAGAUCAACGAUGACACACUGGCUGUUGCACCCUGCGGUUCCGGUCUUUGUACUGUAACUGAUCGGCUGAACGGUGCUGGUCUGGCGUUGAUCGACGGUAAUCCCUUCCAACAUGCGCCGGAAUGGACCGCAAAUUUCGAAAUCGACUACACAGCUACGCUACCCAGCGGUAAAGGAGAGGUCUAUAUCUUCUCCGACUGGAAGUUCCGUGGUGAAACCAACGAUUUUCUCUAUGAAAGCGUUGAAUACACAACCGAUACCCAGUUCGAAGGUGGUUUGAAGUUCGGCUAUCGUAACUUUGAGCACGACUACUCGGUUGGACUCUUCGCACGUAACAUUACCGAUGAAGAAAACAUUCUCGGUGGCAUUGAUUUUGCCAACCUGCUGGCUUACACCAAUGAGCCACGAGUAUGGGGUCCUUUUCGUAAGGGCCUUGGCGCGCUGUGCGUCACCGCAUGCGCCUUUCUGGCAGCGUGCACACAAUCACCCGAUCAAACGCCCGCUUCCACGUCAAAGCCAACCGAAAGACCCAACAUCAUCUUUCUGCUGACCGAUGAUCAGCGCGCAGACACGCUGUCUAUCGCAGGCAAUACCGAUAUCAAAACACCUAACAUUGAUGAACUGGCGCGCGGCGGUGUGCGCUACAGCAAUGCUUUUACCGUGCAACCCAUCUGUGCGCCAAGUCGUUUUGCCUUUCUCUCGGGCCAGUAUGAGCGCACCAGUGGUCUUGGCUUUAACUCCCCUUAUGAGGUGUCAGAAACACAAUGGGCGCAGACAUAUCCUGCGCUGCUGCAACAAGCCGGCUAUCACACCGGCUUUAUUGGCAAAUUCGGCGUGCAGUAUUAUUCGUUUGAAGGUGGCACAAAUGCGCAGUUCGAUUACUGGCGCGCCCACGAUGGCUGGCUGCCUUUUUUCCCCAAAGACAUUGAAGGCAAUCCGGCUACGCAGAUCUAUCAAGAUGCCAAAAGCGACAUCACCACCGAGAUCAUGGGGGAAUACAUCACAGAAUUUCUGGCAACGCGCCCAGCUGACAAGCCGUUUAAUCUAUCGGUCAGUUUCUCGGCACCACACAACUCGGUGGUCUCGUCCAUGUAUCCUGAAGGUGCCCAUGACGAUUGCGACAACUACGCCUGCAGGGUCAUGGGCUAUCCGGCAAACGCCAACCCCCGUUUAAGCGGGCACCCGAUUUACGACACUCUUUACCGGGACCCGGGCAUUGCAAUUUCACCCGAUACAGGCGCUGACCCCUAUCAGUUUAUUCCGCAAGGCGUUAUUGACCACGAAGCACGACAGAAAUGGUACGCCUAUAACUAUGAGCCCAGCCUGCAGCCGGAACAUCUGAUCCGUUAUUACCAGACGAUUACCGGCAUUGAUCAGGUAGUAGGUGAACUGCUGACACAACUUGAAGAUCUUGGUAUAGCUGACAACACCAUCAUCGUGUUUUCCAGUGACCAUGGCUUGCUGAACGGCGAAUACGGUACAGGCGGCAAAGGCCUGCUGUACGAUCUGGUCGCCAAAAUACCCCUGAUCGUUUAUGACCCACGCAACGUGCAGGCGGGUGCCGCGCGAGAGAAUACCAACCUCGUACUGAGCAUUGAUGUACCCGCCACUCUGCUCGCUUACGCAGAUGUGUCGGUACCCGCAAACAUGCAGGGCAAAGACCUGAACGGCAACGCCGCACCGCGGGAAGAAGUGUUUCUCGAAAGUCUGACCGUGGCGGAAGGUAACCCGUUUAUCGAAGCACUGCGAAGUAAUGAGUGGAAAUAUGUGCGCUAUCUGCAGCCACAGGGCUGCCCCUACACCGAGGCACAUCUGGACCUGGCCGGUCAGACACCCAUUUUUGAGCAGCUGUUUCACCUGGCCAGCGACCCCGAGGAACGCAACAAUCUGGUUGACGAUGCCGCCCACCUGGCGGUGCUAACAGAUUUUCGCAGCCGUACCGACCAACGCUCCGCACAACUCACUCAAACAAGUCGCCAGUACAAGCAAGACACUAACGUGCCUUUGAGACCAUCUGAGGCUGCCGCGGCUUUCACCGCCGCCUUAAGCAGUAGCGCGCUGGCCAGCAGUAGCGGUGGUCAGCCGGUUAUCCUGGAUACCGACAUUGGAGAUGACAUUGAUGACACCUGGGCCCUGCUCAUGUUGCUGCGCAUGCCCAACCUGGAUCUGAAGCUUGCCGUUGGGGAUUUUGGCAAUGCCAUCUACCGGGCACGCCUGCUGGCAAAACUGUUAGAGGUUACGGGUCGGAGUGACGUACCUGUGGGCAUCGGUAUGGAUCAGGCAGACGAGCCCGGCCAGCAGAGCGGCUGGAUAGGCGACUACCAGCUCAGUGAUUACCCCGGUCUUGUGCACACCGAUGGUGUGCAGGCGAUCAUUGAUGCCAUCAAGUCAUCCCCGGAGCCUGUGACCCUCAUUUGCCUGGGGCCGGUACCCAAUAUUGCCGAAGCGCUGCGUCGCGAUCCGUCGAUUGCCUCAAAUGCAAAGAUUGUGGGCAUGUACGGAUCAAUCUACACAGGCUACCUGGGCUCGCCUGAGCCGGCCGCAGAAUACAACGUCAGAAUCGAUCCACAAUCCCUGCAGAGUGUUUUUGCUGCACCCUGGGAAUGCACCAUCACACCGUUGGAUACCUGCGGACUUGUUGUGCUUGAUGGCGACAAUUACCGCCGUCUGUACUUGAGCGAUGAUCCGUGGCUGCAGACACUCAUGGAAAACUACCGUGUCUGGUUACCUGGGGCACCUUUUGUUGACCCCAACCAGGACACCACUCGCAUCAGCACCACGCUGUUUGACACCGUGGCGGUGUAUCUCGCUGCCAGCGAAGAUCUUGUCGACAUGCAGACCCUGCCGCUUCGAGUGACGGACGAAGGGUACACAGUCAUCGAUCCCGCCAAAGGUCGGAUCACCCGCACCGAGACUAUUGCAUUCAAAGUUCGUCUUCGACAUCGGAGAUCCACUGUGAACUUUCAGCGCUAUUCAAUCGCCACAAUAUCUGUCCUCGUAGCACUACUGACAGGAAUAGCCUCAAAAACCCUUGCUGGUGAACCCAGCCAGCCGCCUAACAUCAUCAUCUUCCUGACCGACGACCAGGGUUAUGCCGACGCUGGUGUUUACGGUAGUCACGAUCUAGACACCCCCAACAUUGAUCAGUUGGCACAAGAAGGUAUCAAAUUCACCAGUUUUUACGCCCAACCACUUUGCGGCCCUUCACGCGCGGCGCUCUUGACUGGACGUUAUCCGGUGCGUAUCCAAGAACCGGGUAACACUAAAUCUCCUAAUACCACUCUGGCCGCGAGCGAAGUGACCAUUGCUGAAAUCCUUCAACAGGCAGGUUACAGAACCGCACUCAUCGGAAAGUGGCAUCUUGCUGGAGAUGGCGCACCCUGGGACUAUACACCGCCGCCGUUACCCCCAGGCAGACCGGGAGGGAAAGGUCCAUUCGACAAAUCACUUAUGCCAAAUGCCCAGGGUUUUGACUACUUUUUUGGUACACCGAUGCACAACGGCUACACGCAACAGGUGGAUCCAGCCAGAUUUAUCGUUGAUCUCAUGCGCAAUCAGUCAAUCAUCGAAACUCAAACGGAUGUCAACCAAUUAACGUCCCGGUACACACAAGAGGCACUGCAAUUUAUCCGCUCAAACGCCGCCAAUCCCUUCUUUCUGUUGCUUUCCCACAACAUGCCCCACGUAUCUCUGGGUGUUAGUUCGACAUUCGCCGGGCGAUCUCGGCGUGGUCUGUAUGGCGAUGUGAUUAUGGAACUGGACUGGAGCCUGGGAGAAAUACUGCAGGAGUUGCAGACGCUGAAUAUCAAUAAACAUACGCUGGUUAUCUUUUUGUCCGAUAACGGACCGCCGCUAGGACAGCUGACCGACAGAAAUGGCGCAAGCGCCGAACCUCUAAGAGGAGGGAAAUACUCAAACUGGGAGGGCGGCGUGCGGGUGCCCGCCAUCAUGCGCUGGACCAACACUAUCCCUGCGCAACAAGAGGACCAUCACAUUGCCAGCGUCAUGGACCUGUUGCCAACAAUCUCAACCGCAUCGGGCGCACCACUUCCUGAGGACGUGGAAAUAGACGGAUACGAUCUCACACCGAGAUUGUAUGGAAACCCCACGACACACUCUCGCACCCAUUUUUAUUAUUCUCUGACAACACUGCAGGCUGUGCGCAAAGGCCGCUGGAAACUGGUUUUACCGCGCCAGAAAAAGGCGCCGGAGUUAUCCUGGCUAGGCCGAUAUACCGAAGACGUGGCAGAUUACCAGUUGUAUGAUCUGGUAAGUGACAUCAGCGAGCAGAACGAUGUUGCCAGACUACAUCCUCAGGUUGUGACAGACCUUUUGUUGGAAGUUGACUGGGCGACUCAGAACCACUGA